GCAUCCCACUCGUCGACUACCACGCUCUCCUCGAUCCUCAUGGCUGCUAACAAGCGACGCAGCGUAGUGCUACACUUCGAUCUGAACCGUACGGUCCUCAUGUCGGACGCUGCGGGUGGUCGCACCAUGGAGAACACGGUGGAUUAUCUCUUGUCCGAGUGCACGUGGGGGUAUGUGAACCCCAGCAGUCCAUCCGAGUGGAUCUGUGUCUCGGACGCGUCGUCUAUUGAGCCCCCAGCGGCUGAAUCUAGUGGGCACAAACUCAUAACGUACAAGAAGUUUGUGGACGAUUCUCACCCUUAUCAGAGCUUGGCAACUGCUCAGGGCAGUGACAUCGACCAGAUUAAGGCAGUGAACAAAGCUGCGAAGAAGAAGCGUACGGCGUUACAAUCAGCCUUUACAGGUGGAGACAGCGCCCCCGGUGAGCGUGUUCGCGAUUCCUUUAAAGAGGUAAUGGAGAAAUUGCAUUUCCCUAUGGGAGAGCAGCGUGAAGCAGUUAAGCAAUUGGCUAUGACGAUGCCCAAGUCUCGACUCCAAGAGGCUUGGAGUGAAGGACGCUACUACUUGUUGCCGUCCUUCCUACAGUUCUUGUCAUAUUUAGCGUCUCCUAAAGUGACGGACAAGGAGAUGGAUGUGAAGCUCGUUUUCCGCACCUUUGGCGAUGACAUCGUGGAGGUCGCGAAGGAGCUGGAUCUCCUGGUGGACGGACAACAUCCCGUCGGUCUACCCGCGUUGCCAGAGCGUUUCCGACUUAAGCUGGAGCCCAGUGCACGUCGUAUCGGCACUUUCUAUCGCGAUGGCUUUGAGGCUGACGGCACGGCGUUGGCUGUGGGAACGCUCACCAAGGUUCCGUUUUCGUCCAAGCUCGUGGAGGAAGGGGCCAGUGCUCCCAACAGCUUUUACGCUACGUCAGAUGCAGAAGUGAAGGUGAUUCGAGGCUUCCAGUCGAUUCAGGAGACUCUGGAUGGCAUGCUGCAGGGUGCUAGUACGCUUGCACUUCGUGACUACUGGGAGUGGUGGAGCGCUCAUGCCGAGGACGGUCAAUACGGGAAGUUGCUGUUGAUCGACGAAGAGAAAUUGCAGAAGGAUGACGACGUUACUGUGUUUUUCGAUGACCACAUUGAGGCGCAUCACUCUCACAUUGUGGAUGUUCGCGACGUUCGUUCGGGUGCUCCGGUGGACUUCGAAAAGAGCCGUGGCAAGUACCUUCAGCGAGUGGAGCCCUUCGCAGCCAUCACGGACCCGAACUACUUCACGUCGCUGUUUGAAAAGUACGUGACCAAGUAGAGUAACUACAUGUAGCUGGUUUGACUGCGUCACAGCUGAGUUCCGCCUUAGCGAACUGCCAUUCAAACAUUUGUUUUUUUGAUA